GUGGAGCCUGCCCAAUGCCGAGCGCUACGCCCUGCAGUAUGCGGACGGGCGGCAGACCUACAUCACUGAGUCGAACCGUGGGGAGAUUAAGAACGGGAGCAUUUUACGGCUGACCACCUCCCCGGACCAAGAAGCAGAGAGGUUGUACAGUGGGAUCCAGAGCAACAACUCGGAUGUGAAGACUGACUCGCUGAAGAAGCUCGCCAGCCUCUCCCAGGAUGUUACCUUUGCUCAGGAGUUCAUCAACAGGAAUGGCUUGAAAAAGAUUUUCACUAUUGUGGAAGAAGGGAACGCCACAGGGGAGAUGCUCGCUCACACCCUGAAGGCCUUCAUGGAGCUGAUGGAGCACGAUUUUGUCUCCUGGGAGACUCUUAGUGCAGCCUUCAUCAAGAAGAUCAUGAGUUAUGUCAAUAUGAACGCAGUGGACGCGUCUGUGCAGCAGCUCUCCUUGUCCAUCCUGGAGAACAUGGUACCCACCAGUCGCCUCCUCUUUGAGCUGGUCAAAAAAGAAGUGACACUGGAUCGACUUCUCACCCACCUGCAGGUGACAAAUGCCCAGCUGCAGCUGAAGGCCAUGGCCCUGCUCAUUGCGCUGCUGCUGGCCGCGACUGAUGCUGAGCGGCGGGACAUGAUGGACCGCCUGAGGGAGAAGAACAUCAGGCAGUUUAUCCACAAGAACAUCAUCCACAGCUCUGAGCCGCUGGGGGACGAGAUGGCCCAUUACCUCUACGUGCUGCAGUCUGUCAGCCUCAACCUGUGUGAGCGUCGCAUGAGGACCUCCAUGGAUCCCUACUCGCAGGAGCAGCGGGAGCUCCUGCAGUCACUGCGCCAAACCGCCUUUGAGUCGGAGAGCGAGACGCCUGCCAGCAACUUCAGCACUGAGCGCAGGAGAUCCCUGUGUGCCAAGGAGUUCCGCAAGCUGGGCUUCAUGAACAACAGCAACCCAGCAGAGGAUCUCCGCCGUGCCCCACCGGGCCUCCUCGCCCUCGACAACAUGGUGUAUUUCUCCAGGCACACCCCCAACGCCUACAGCAGGUUCAUCCUUGAGAACAGCAGCCGAGAAGACAAACAUGAAUGUCCCUUUGCUCGGAGCAGCAUCCAGCUCACCCUGAUCCUCUGCGAGAUCCUGCACGUUGGAGAGCCAUGCUCGGAGACGGCUCAGGCCUUUUACCCUAUGUUCUUCGGGCAGGAUCAUUUCUUUGAAGAGCUCUUCUGCAUCUGCAUCCAGCUGGUGAACAAGACCUGGAAGGAGAUGCGUGCUACCCAGGAGGACUUUGACAAGGUGCUGCAGGUGGUGCGGGAGCAGAUCACCAGGACCCUGGCCCUCAAGCCCACCUCCCUGGAGUUAUUCAAGACCCGAGUGAACACGCUGAACUACAGCGAGAUCCUGAAGCUGCGGCAGACGGAGCGGCUGCACCAGGAGGAGACGCUGGCUGUGCCCGUGCUGGAGUUGCGUGAGAGGCUGAAGCCGGAGCUCCUGGAGUUGAUCCGACAGCAGCGCCUGCUGCACCUCUGCGAGGGUACCCUCUUCCGCAAGAUCAGCAGCCGCAUGAGGUUUGACAAGCUCUGGUACUGCCGCCUGUCUCCCAACCGCAAGGUGCUGCACUAUGGGGACGUGGAGGAGGGGGGGCACUCGCCCCCCAUUGAGAGCCUGCCGGAAAAAAUUCCUGUGGCAGACAUGAAGCUGCUGCUGGUGGGGAAGGAGUGUCCACACACGAAGGAGAAGAGCUCUGGGAAGCAAAACAAGGAUGUCCUGGAGCUGGCCUUCUCCAUCGUGUACGACGUAGAGGAAUACUGCCUCAACUUCAUUGCCCCCACCCGCUACGAGUUCUGCCUCUGGACGGAUGGGCUGAACGUGCUCCUGGGCAAGGAGAUGGCGAGCGAGCGAACGCAGACAGACCUCGAUGUCCUGCUGUCCAUGGAGCUCAAGCUGCGGCUCCUGGACCUGGAGAACAUCAGCAUCCCUGACACUCCCCCUCCUGUCCCCAAGCCCCCCAGCAAUUUAAACUUCUGCUAUGACUUCAGCCAUGCCGAGCAGUGA